AGUCAAGCAGAAACAGCAUGUCUCAUCGGCUGUGGGAUGACUGAGAUCGAGAAAGUAGAUUUCCGUUGGUCGGAGAAUCAUGUUGCUCAUGGCAUCAAGAUCGAUCGGUUGGGCACGUCGGCCAUUCGGACGGAUUUCUUCCAGGUCGGCUCUGUCAGGACAGCACAGCCGAUCCCUCCUGACGGCAUGUACUACUUCGAGAUGACCGUCAAGAGGCCGGGCAAGCACGUCGGCUCGAUGAUGGGCGGGUUCUACUGGCUCGGAAUCUGCACAGACGAGGUUGACAACUGGGAUGGAGUGUGGUGGAAGGAUUACCGCAAGGAGUUCUGCUGGGCCAUGAGGUCGGAGAGCGAUUCUGGAUCAUCACGAGGGGAUACUCAGGGCAGAGCUGAGUUGCUCAGCCCGCACAAGAAGCAGGCAGAUGUUUGGGUGAGCGGCAGCGCCGUUGGAAGCGGCUCAGUGGUGGGGUUUUGUGUGGACAGCUCCAAGGGCAAGUUGUGGUUCUACAGAGACCAGGAGUUAGUCGAUGAACGGCCAGCCUUCCGCGAGCUGCCGAGGGACGUGGACCUGUUUGCCUUCGUCACUCUCUACCAUCCAGGCUCGUCAGCUCAGAUCUCUGCUCGGCAUGUGCCUUCUUCAAGACCCGACGAUGAUCACGAUGUUGCUGGCUUCGACGGCUUCUACACUUGCUGGUCGAGAGAGUUUGUCGGCCCUGGGCUGAAGCUCUCGUCAAACCUGCUGAGAGCAGCGUUCGAGAACAAGGUGAGCCAGGGCAAGUCGAUGUCAGUCAGAUCAGAAGCUGAGAUCCCUCUCGACAUCGGGGAGCAUUUCUUCGAGUUGUCUAUCAGCAUUCCGGGUCAACACAAGGGAGCGUGCUUGCAGGGGGGUUUUACCUCGGAGUUUGCGGCGAGAGUUUUGAUUGCUGGGAAGGAACGUGGGAGUGGAAUGAGCGAUCACGCGUGGACAUCUGGGCGUUGAACGACAG